AUGGCGAUGGAGAAGAAGGGCUGGAAGGCGAGAGAUGUUGCUGCCGGUGCUUUCAGCAUGGACUUGGAGUUGGUGGUGGGCGAGGACGACGACGACGACGCGGUGCCGGCGAUACCGCCACCGCAGACGCCGCUGGAGCCCAUGGAGUACCUCUCUCGGUCGUGGAGCGUGUCGGCGUCGGAGAUCUCCAAGAUUCUCGUCGGUGGAGGAGGCAAGAAGAGCAGCGCUGUUGCCUCGGCGAGCCGGCUUCCGGAGGUGACUAUACCGGAGCAGUCCGUGCUCGCCGCCACGUCCUCCUCCAUCGUUCCUCUUCCGUGUCAUCAGCAGCAGCACAGGGAUGCAAGAAGAUAUUCCAUGAGCAGCGGCCACCACAACCACCAAUCGAUCGGCAAAUGGUUCCAGGUUCACCAAAGGGAGACAUGCCGGGCGAAGCAGAGCGGCAAGGAGAAGCAGCGCGCCGACAAGGCGCACGUGCAUGCCAUGGUGUCCGUGGCCCGGGUCGCGGCCGCGGUGGCCGCCGUCGCGGCUGCCACGACCACGAGCUCCGACACGCAGGCGGCUACCAAGAUGGCCACGGCCAUGGCGUCGGCCACCGAGCUGUUAGCCUCCCACUGCGUCGAGGCAGCUCAGCAUGCGGGGGCGCGCCACGAUCAGGUGGCUGCCGCCGUGCAGGCCGCGGUUGGCGUCAGAAGCCCCGGUGAUCUGAUGACGCUCACGGCGGCCGCAGCAACCGCUUUGCGAGGAGCAGCGACACUGAAGCAGAGAGUGCAGAGAGAGACUAGGAGCAAUGCGAGUGUCCUCCCGUAUGAGAAAGGGAACUCGUGGAGCCCGGACAUCUGGUGCAAAGAGGGGGAGCUGUUGAAACGCACAAGGAAAGGGGGUUUGCACAAAAUAAGAGUAUCUAUCUACAUCAACAAGAGGUCACAGGUGAUACUGAAGCUGAAAAGCAAACACAUAGGAGGUGCGCUGUCAAAGAACAACAAGAGCGUGGUUCACGGCGUGUACAGCGAGCUGCCAACGUGGGCUGAGCCAGGGAAGGACUGUACGGAGGAGACAUGCUGCUUCGGCCUUAGCACGGCGCAAGGUCUAGUGGAGUUCGAGUGUGACGGCAACGCGAGCAAGCAGAGGUGGGUUGACGAUGUGCAGAACCUGCUUCGUCAGGCGGCUCUGCAUGAUCAAGUAGGAAAUAAACUGGGAUUAGUAAAACUCAGCUAG